AUGAGCUGCGCGGGGCAGGCCGGCGGGUGGCUGCUCGACUACGGGCUGGUGGAGGAGGAGAUCCAGGGCUCGGAGUUCAUCUACAUGGUCGACGACCCGGCCGUCUCCAGCGUGAUACUGGGGUUCGAUGCUCCCAGGAAGGAGGACGGCGUCCAGGACAACUCCGGCGCCAAGAAGAGAUCCCGGCCAGAGUCCAGUGCGCCACCUGGCACCAAGGCUUGCCGUGAGAAGCUCCGGCGAGACAGGCUCAAUGAAAGGUUCAACGAGCUCUGCGCCAUCUUGGAACCUGGCAAGCCACCAAAGGCCGACAAAGUUGCUAUUCUAAGCGACGCUGCCCGUCUCCUGAACCAGCUGCGUACCGAGGCGCAGAAGCUUAAGCAAUCAAACGAAUCACUCCAGGACUCCAUCAAGAGUCUCAAGGCUGAGAAGUCCGAGCUGCGAGACGAGAAGACGAGGCUGAAGGCCGAGAGGGAGAGGCUGGAGCAGAUGCUCAAGGGCGUGAGCCACGCCGCAGUGGCUCCAGGGCCCUUCGUCCCGCACCCUGCUGCAGCAGCCGCUCCAUCUUUCCACCCGGCGGCGUUUGCUGCUCAGGCUGGAAAGUUCGUCCCGUACCCAAGCUACCUGCCCCGGCUGCCUUCUGGCAGUGGAUACCGCCGACGUCCCUCGACACGACCAAGGACCCCGCACACUGGCCGCCGGUCGCGUAGUCGACCUACCAGCUCACCAUGGCAUCAUUGA